AUGAUGGAAGAAUGUAAUGACCAAGUUGUUGAUGGACAAGAAUUUUGUGAUCAGGAAGAUGAAUCAUUUUAUCAAGAUAUUGAGCUGCUGCAAAACCAUGGAAUUAACGUUGCUGAUAUUAAAAAACUUAAGACCGCUGGAAUUUGUACUAUCAAGGGGGUACAAAUGACAACGAAGAAGAAGUUAUGUCAGAUAAAAGGCAUUUCUGAAGCAAAAAUGGAGAAAAUUAAAGAAGCAGCUGGCAAGCUAUGUAACAAUGGAUUUGUGACAGCACUAGAGUACAGUGAUGUGAGAAAAAUGGUUUUCAAGGUCUCCACUGGCAGUACAGAAUUGGACAAACUUUUAGGAGGUGGAAUAGAAAGUAUGUCAAUUACAGAAAUCUUUGGAGAAUUUAGAACAGGAAAGACACAGCUUUCACACACCCUUUGCGUCACAGCUCAACUCCCUGGACCAGGAGGCUAUACUGGUGGUAAAGUGAUAUUCAUUGAUACAGAAAAUACAUUCCGUCCAGAUCGUUUGCGUGAUAUAGCCGAUAGAUUCAAUCUGGACCAGAAUGCAAUGUUGGACAAUGUUCUUUACUGCCGAGCAUAUACAAGUGAACACCAAUCUGAGCUUCUAGAUAGUGUUGCUGCUAAGUUUCACGAAGAAAUAGGAGUCUUCAAACUUCUGAUUAUAGACUCUAUGAUGGCGCUGUUCAGGGUUGACUUCUCUGGUAGAGGAGAACUAGCAGAUAGGCAACAGAAGCUUGCGCAAAUGCUUUCAAAGCUACAGAAACUUUCUGAAGAGUUUAAUGUGGCUGUGUUUAUUACGAACCAGAUGACAGCUGAUCCUGGAGCAACCAUGAGUUUCCAAGCCGAUCCUAAGAAGCCUAUUGGUGGUCAUAUUCUAGCUCAUGCAUCUACAACACGAAUAAGUUUAAGAAAAGGAAGAGGAGAGAACAGGAUCGCAAAGAUCUAUGACAGUCCUGAUUUACCGGAGAAUGAAACUACUUUUGCGGUCACACCAGGAGGGAUUGCUGAUUCCAAGGAGUAAAGAUGAACCGCAAGUAACACCAUUAGUCUUCGUUUGUAUCUC